UUCACGUGAUGUGACUCUAAUACGGGUUAUGUUUCAGAUUACACAGAACAAUGCAGUUUAUUAGUCAUGCGAUUUUCGUUGCUUUUUAUUUUGGAAAUGCGGUAGAUGCGUUUGGAUACAUACCAUCAAAGGAUGCAGUCCCUCUUCACGUGAUCUCUCGGAUGCCUCAUAAUUAUCUCCACAGAAGUUCUCUACCGAACGAAUUCGACUGGAAAUCUCUCAAUGGCACUGUUUACGUUACGAGGGUAGGAAAUCAACUGCAGCCCAAACCAUGUGGAUCGUGUUGGGCUCAUGGUGCAACAGGAGCAUUGUCAGAUCGUUUCAAAAUUGCAAUGAAAGCGUCUGUGCCUGAUAUAAAUCUUUCUCCUCAAGUUUUACUAAAUUGUGGACCAGUGGAAAAGUUUGGCUCAUGCAGUGGUGGUGAUCAUGUUGCUGCAUACAAGUUUAUUUAUGAAAAUGGUAUAACCGAUGAAACAUGUGUACCUUAUGAGUCUGUGGAUCAGACUAAUUGGGCUGAAAUUCCAUGCAAGGACAGAAUGUGUCGUACAUGUGACAUACACGGUAAUUGCUACUUCAUAAAAGGAAUAAAAUAUGAAAUAUCAGAAUAUGGUACGGUGACUGGUGAGGAUCAGAUGAUGGCAGAAAUAUAUGCUCGAGGGCCUAUUGCUUGUCUAAUGUAUGCACACACCUCUGCAUUUCAAAACUACACUGGAGGAAUCAUUGAUGAUUCAGAUCAUUACAAUAACUCUAUUACUCAUGUAGUUGCCGUUACUGGAUGGGGUACAGAUGAGCAAUCUGGUCUUCCUUUCUGGAGUGUUCGCAACUCAUUCGGAACUCACUGGGGUGAAGUAGGCUGGUUUAAGCUUAGAAGAGGAACCAAUUGCUUGAACAUCGAGUCCCAUGUUUGCUCGUGGGCUGUUCCCAAACUGUAGCAUUUUGGUUGUGACCAUUUUGAUAACUUCUGCAGUAGCAGUGAGUAUGUUUUUGUUGUAGUUAGAAGUGUUUAUAUGUGGAAGUUACAUGCCACUAUGUCUAGAUGGUAUGUUGAUGAGUAUUGGAUAUGGACUGCUUCAUAUUUGCAUCUUUUACAUUAUCAUGUUCAUUUAGUCAAGUGAGUGUAGAUUAAAUUGUAUAAGAAACUUG